UGCAGCCGUUCCGCUGCACCUGACAAGCCCCGAGCCAUCGCGGGCUUGUCGUCUCUUUCCGAACGCAGCUGCUGAAAAACGGACACCGGGCUCCGUUCAGUCGUGACUGUUUUGCCGACGGCGUCGCCGGAAACACUGGCCGAGCGGGGCGAAAGAGGUGGAGGCUGGAGAGACACAUGCGGUGACACCAGCAACAGGGCUCACAGCUGCAUCUAGCACCUACUCAUCAUGCCCGUUCACAGGAGGCAGCCCAGUAUUGAACUACUGGAAUUAAUGGGGGUGGUGAGAGAGAAUGGCAAUGAACAGACAUCACUUCCUCCUGUGCACACUCCACUGUCAUAUGACUACGUCCUGGUUGCCAAAACAGUUGAUAACCAGGAGAGAGAGGCGUUCAAGAAGCAAAUGGAAUACAUUGAAGAAUUGAAGAAAAAGAACAUAAGAGUCACAAAAAUUAUGGACGACGAUCUCGUCUUCUAUGGGAUUCAAGCGCCAAAAGAAGUUUUCGAGAAGUACCGGUAUCUGCUCAAAGUUUCUGAUGCUUGUAACUGGAGCUCAGAUCAGAACAUCGUGCCUCUCAGCACCAGGAUAAGGAUUGUCCACUUUAUCUUGAAUCACACCCCCAUCCGUUCAGGAGAGGGUCUGCGGGAUCUCAUGAAGACAAAGGUUUUUGAAGCGAGGUUCUGCUUACAUGAGAAAAAGAAACAGAGAGAGCUGAAGGAGAGCUGGGCACGAUGGACAGCCUGUCUCCAAGGGCAACCCAUAACUGCUGUCAGGAACUACUUUGGGGAGAAGGUGGCCUUGUACUACCUGUGGUUGGGCUGGUACACAUUUCUGCUCAUCCCUCCUGCUCUCAUUGGGGUCAUUGUCUUCCUCUAUGGCCUCGCCUUCUUCAACAGCUCACCCCUCAUAAAGGAGGUUUGUGAGGCUGACACAGUCAUGUGUCCACUUUGUGACAAGAGAUGCAAAGUUUGGCAGCUCUCCGACACCUGCACAUACGCCAAGGUGAGCCUGCUGUUUGACAAUAAUGGCACAGUGCUCUUUGCGAUGUUCAUGGCAGUCUGGGCAACACUGUUUUUGGCAUUUUGGAAGAGACAUCGGGCUUCCUAUGUGUGUGAAUGGAAAGUGUCUGAUUGGUGUGAGGAGGAGGAGGAACUGAUCCUGGAAAUUGUUAACAACGCAAACUGUGAACCCAAGAAACAUAAGCACUCCUACUUGCACAGCACUUUGGUUUUGAUCUGUGUCACAGUUAUGAUAUUGGUGAUCAUCGGCCUGACACAUGCCUUGGUGGUGUUCAGGGUGAUUGCAGCAGUGCUCUUGGCUGAGGGAUCAUGGGAGUUCCUGAGCACCCACUCCAACAGUGGAGCAAUGAUGCUGGGGGCUGUCCUCCAUUACCUUAUCAUCACUGUCAUGACACGGAUUAACAGGAUUGUAGCCAUGAAGCUCUGUGAAAUAGAGGAAACAAGAUCAUUUGCUGCCACAGAGAAGAGUUUCACUGUCAAGAUGUUCACCUUCCAGUUCUUCACCUACUUCUCCUCGCUCUUCUACGUGGCCUUUUUUCUUGGCAGGAUAAAUGGUCAUCCGGGUGGUUACGUACGAAUUGCAGGGAAAUGGAGGCUUGAGGAAUGUCACCCUAGCGGAUGUCUCACAGACUUGUUCAUCCAAAUGGCGAUCAUAAUGGUACUCAAGCAAACCAUCAGCAAUGUCUUUGAGUUCACUGGCCCCUGGCUCUGCAGGUGGUUGAAGAGGAGAAGAACCCAGAAGCUACAGAGGAAAUGUGCCCACUGUUACCUGAAAGAUGAAUCGGAGGCCAGACACAGAGCUGAACUUUGUGAUAACUGCAAGCUUCGAGACUGGCUCAGCAACUAUCGGCUCAAUGAUGUUGACUCCUUCAGCUUGUUCAAUGAGUUCCUGGAAAUGGUGAUCCAGUUCAGCUUUACCACCAUAUUUGUUGCAGCGUUUCCUCUUGCUCCUCUGUUAGCCCUUAUUAAUAAUGUUAUUGAGAUACGCUUGGAUGCCAUUAAGAUGGUCACUCUGGAGCGCAGACUGGUUCCCAAAAAAACCAACGAUAUUGGUGUGUGGAUAGAUGUGUUGGAGGCUAUUGGCGUCUUAGCUGUCAUAGCGAAUGGGUUGGUCAUUGGUGUAUCUUCGGACUUCAUCCCUCGACUGGUCUACCGUUACCGCUAUGGCCCGUGUGCCAAUGGCACAGCGACAGAUAUUGACUGCAUGGUUGGCUACAUCAACAACACUCUCUCCAUUGCACGAAUGGAUGACCAGAACAUACACAAUGAGUUUUCAGUUAAUCAGAUGACCACUCUUAGUGGCUUGAAUGUCUCUUACUGCAGCUACAAAGACUACAGGAGCAAUGAGGACUACAGUCUUACCCCACAGUUCUGGCUAAUAUUAGCUGUGCGCUUUGCAUUUGUCAUCCUCUUUGAGCACGUUGUGGUAAUAUGCAAGUUCAUUGCAGCCUGGUUUGUACCGAGUGCUCCCAUGCAGGUCAAGAAUGACAGACUCUUUGAUAAACUCAACAGACUAAAAGAGGAACUCAGGUCAUUUGAAGUGUGACAGCGUUCAGACACUUAAAUGGGACACAUUCUGAGCUGGCAUAGGAACAUGAACCCAGUAUUGCCUCGUGCAUUACAGUGUCCAGACCAUCACAGUGUUGAGUCAUCUUCAAAGCCAUUAAUCAUCAAGAGUUCAGACAGAGGCCUCUCACUCUCUUCUAUUGUUUGCAUUCAGAUGUUAAAUGCUGGCUAUCUGGAUUCUCAUUCAUGAUAUUGAUUUUGAAGACAGACCAAUUUUUCUUGGAUAGAACAACUGUACAGAAAAAUGAUUUUACUGACCACGUCUUUCAUAAGAUUAUUCUUAUUCUAUUUUAAGAAUGCACUUUCUGUUUGAUCUCUAUAUUUGUGAUUUUAAUGUGAGUGUUUUUAUUGAAAGCCUAAAGAUAAUUUAUAUUGCUACUGCAAAUACAGUACUGAUUGUAUGUUAUGAUGUUGCCUUAUAUUGUAAAAAGCGCCGUGAUGAUUGUUGCAUUAUUGCAGAUAGAAUCUGAUGGUGUCUCUUGUAAAUCAGACACAAGAAUGUUUUGCAUUAUAUUUUAUA